AUACAUUUACAUUUUAACAUUUAUAUUUGAAAUUAAAAUGCGAUUUAAAAGCGAAACAACAGAUGUUUUGGACCUUUAUUAACUUGGUAUGCAUCCAAUCAAAUUUCGAGUGUUUAUAAAAUUUAAAGCUAGCUUUGCCCAACCACAGGAUCGAUUGCCAAAGACCCAGCAUUGUCCCAUUAAUCGCAAAUUAUCGAAAUCUUAUCAAUUGGACAACAAUUUGAACUUGAAUCAAAUAAAUAAGCUGAAAAAUGAGCUAUGGACGCGACAACCGCAACAGAUCAAAGAUAUGCGACCCAGCUGCGCGGAGAGAUUGAAGAGAUUUAGAUUACGCAUGGAAACCUGUACGGAUUCGGUGGAAAAGUAUAACUGUUUGAUGGCUCUACGGGCACACGAUCUAGAAUUGUAUCAAAAUUAUCUGUCCAAAUAUCUUGUCGAUGUGUUGUCGAUAUUUAAUGCAGUCAACAGUCCUGCUGCUCCGUGGGGUUCAGAGAGCACCGAAUUUAUCAAAAAUUUUGAGAGGGAGUAUACGAAAUGGACGAAUUAUCAAACUGAGAGGCUGGCGAGGCAGGAUCAGUGCGUAAAUGAUUCAAUUAACAAGAAGGGCUUACAUGUUUUUGAGUUCUUAAAUUCAGAUUGUUUGCUGUUUUUGAAAUAUUGGGGUUCGAACUUCCAUCCUAAAAUCAGGAGAAAUCUGGUCCAGAUGAGCUGCGGUGUUGAAAACAACCCCAAAUCAAUGAACAGAAAAUCUGAUAUGGCAAAUGAAGAGCAGCUAAAGGAAUUACGCAAAUGCAUACGCACCUUCCAGGAUGUUUUGGACUAUGUAAAGCCACUUUAUCCCUAUCGUGACAAGGGCCUGGCCGUCUUCACCAGCGGCGGCGACUCGCAGGGCAUGAAUGCGGCAGUGAGAGCCUGUGUGCGUAUGGCCAUCUAUUUGGGAUGCAAGGUCUACUUUAUCCGGGAAGGCUACCAGGGCAUGGUCGAUGGCGGUGACUGUAUCCAGGAAGCAUCGUGGGCCUCGGUCUCGUCGAUUAUACACCGUGGCGGCACGAUCAUUGGCUCCGCCCGUUGCCAGGACUUUCGUGAGCGCGCGGGUCGCCUGAAGGCCGCCAACAACCUGAUACAGCGGGGCAUUACCAAUCUGGUGGUUAUUGGCGGCGAUGGCUCCCUGACUGGCGCCAAUCUGUUUCGUCAGGAGUGGUCCAGCCUGCUGGACGAGCUUUCGAAGAAUGGCACCAUUACUAGCGAGCAGAAGGAGAAGUACAAUGUGCUGCAUAUCGUCGGCCUGGUGGGAUCGAUUGACAACGACUUCUGCGGCACGGACAUGACCAUCGGCACGGACACCGCACUGCAUCGCAUUAUCGAGGCGAUCGACGCCAUUUCCAGCACGGCCUACUCCCAUCAGCGCACCUUCAUUAUGGAGGUCAUGGGUCGUCAUUGCGGCUAUUUAGCAAUUUCAGCAGCUAUCGCUACAGAAGCUGAUUUUAUGUUAAUACCCGAAGAGCCCGUUGCCGUUAACUGGCAGGAUUCUCUAUGCCAGAAGCUAGUUCAGGAACGUAAGGCUGGCCAACGCCUGAACAUUGUUAUUGUUGCGGAGGGCGCCAUGGAUCGCGAAGGCAACCCAAUUACCGCUGAGGAUGUGCGAAAGGUGAUUGAUGAGCGUCUUAAACACGAUGCUCGCAUCACUGUGCUGGGCCAUGUGCAGCGUGGCGGCAACCCCAGCGCCUUCGAUCGUAUAUUGGCCUGUCGCAUGGGCGCUGAGGCCACACUGGCCCUGAUGGAGGCCACGGAAGAAUCGGUGCCAGUUGUCAUUUCCCUGGACGGCAACCAGACGGUUCGUGUCCCACUGAUGGAGUGUGUUGAACGCACCCAGGCCGUGGCAAAGGCCAUGAAGGAGCGUCGUUGGGCGGAUGCCGUAAAGCUACGAGGACGUUCGUUUGAACGCAAUCUGGAAACGUACAAGAUGUUGACCCGGUUGAAGCCACCCAAGGAGUGUUUCGAUGAACAGGGCAAGGGCAUUGAGGGCUUCAGGCUGGCCGUGAUGCACAUCGGUGCGCCAGCCUGCGGCAUGAAUGCGGCCGUGCGCAGCUUUGUGCGAAAUGCCAUUUAUCGCGGCGAUGUUGUCUACGGCAUCAACGAUGGCGUCGAGGGUCUCAUUGCUGGCAAUGUACGCGAGCUGGGCUGGUCUGAUGUGUCCGGCUGGGUGGGCCAAGGUGGUGCCUAUUUGGGCACAAAGCGUACGCUGCCCGAGGGCAAAUUCAAGGAGAUCGCUGCACGUCUUAAGGAGUUCAAGAUCCAGGGUCUGCUGAUCAUUGGCGGAUUCGAGAGCUAUCAUGCCGCUGGCCAAAUCUCCGAUCAGCGUGACAAUUAUCCAGAAUUUUGCAUACCCAUUGUUGUUGUUCCGGCCACCAUUUCGAACAAUGUGCCCGGCACCGAAUUCUCACUUGGCUGCGACACUGGCCUCAAUGAGAUAACCGAAAUCUGCGAUCGCAUUCGCCAAUCGGCGCAGGGCACAAAGCGACGCGUGUUUGUUAUUGAGACAAUGGGUGGAUAUUGCGGCUAUCUGGCCACACUGGCUGGAUUGGCCGGCGGCGCCGAUGCCGCCUAUAUAUACGAGGAGAAGUUCUCCAUCAAGGACUUGCAGCAGGAUGUCUACCACAUGGCAUCGAAAAUGGCCGAAGGCGUCUCUCGCGGUCUGAUCUUGCGCAACGAGAAGGCCAGUGAAAACUACACCACGGACUUCAUCUACCGCCUGUAUUCGGAGGAGGGCAAGGGUCUCUUCACCUGCCGCAUGAACAUCUUGGGCCACAUGCAACAGGGUGGUUCGCCCACACCCUUCGAUCGUAACAUGGGAACCAAAAUGGCUGCCAAGUGUGUCGACUGGCUGGCAACCCAGAUCAAGAACAACAUCGAUGCCAAUGGCGUGGUCAACUGUAAAUCGACCGAUACGGCAACCCUGUUGGGCAUUGUUGCCCGUCAAUACCGCUUCAGUCCGUUGGUUGACCUCAUUGGCGAGACCAACUUUGAUCAACGCAUACCGAAGAAACAGUGGUGGCUGCGUUUGCGCCCGCUGUUGCGAAUCCUGGCCAAGCAUGACUCUGCCUACGAGGAGGAGGGCAUGUACAUUACCGUCGAGGAGGAGUGCGCCACAGAUGCGGUCGCUUAGAGAGUUCGGAAAGUUCAAAACAAAAAGAAAAUGUACUACUUAUCAUGCCCAGUGCACAACACAUCGUAGAAUCAAUAUGUUUUAUUUAAAUUUCACACACGCACAUGUUCAAAUUAACCGAAUACUGUUAUUCCAUUUGAAUGGCUACGCGUCGAUAUAUUAGUAGAAUAAAAAUGUCUCAGCUCAGGUCAAAGUUAAGCAGCUAAUAAUUACAUUAGCCGAUCUAAAA